AUGAAUGAAAGCGAAUCAAGCCAAUUCAUUGGUAGACUCACCUCCCUGUUCACUGGUCACCGAAUAAAACGAACUCCAUCGCCAAAACGAAUAACUGCAAAAAAAUUUGGCCGAAGU